AAAGGCUAAGUUUGCCUAAGGCGUUCUACACGUUUUAAAAACCUGCUGUGUCGCGCAUCAUGGAACGCCCAAGGCGAUUGUCGUACGCAGGAUUGGUGAAGCCACCUCAACAAAAAUCAAGAAGAGUGUCUGACGCUGGUCAAAGCGGAAUUUAUUCUCCAGCCGCGUGUAUGACUUUGAACAGCGGCUCUACAAUCCACACACCUGAACCUGUAUCCACUAUGUUACACGACUCUGGUAGGUACGAAAUGAACCUAAACCGACCGACACGUCGUACCAGCCGGCCCAGCCGUGGCGAUGAUGGUUUUACAUGCUCGCAGCAAUCAGUCCUCAGUGCAAUGGACAGAUUUGUUAAAGCUGUAAAUAACAUGGAUUCCACAGUUUUGGUGCCUUCUCGCCUUCAAGAUAUGGAUGUUUGCAACGAGAACAGUAAGUUUUCUCGGUGCUUGCCUGCAGGCCUUAGCAAUAUAGAUGUGUACAGAUUUUAUGUAAUGCUUAAAGAUGUGAAAAAUGAGUUAUUAUGGGGGCCAACGUCUGUAGGCCCCACACCUUCGUUACCCAGCAGUGGUAGGUCAUCCCCAAGCAGCAAUAGGAUAAUGAAGCAUAUUCGUCAGCCUUCCGACGAUAGUUUGGGCAGCACAGGCUUUCCAUCUGACCAGGAAACAGAUAGUGAUAUCGAGAGUGUUGUGACUGAUCGGGACAGUAUGGACGAACAGACCACAGCUUCUCCUGGUAAUCAUUUAGCUUCAGCUUUUCGCCACCAUUUACUGGGACUGCAUACAAUUUUGCAUGAACUGGCAGAUUCAGCUGAUUAUCUGUCUUCCAGGUAUCAAGAAGAAAUAGAGGCUUCUUCCUUGUAACCUUUGAGAUGUAUAAAGUUUGUAAAAUUGAAGUAACUGCUCAGCAAGUUCUUUGUGAUAUUAAUGCUUUAUUGCAUAAUGGUAGCAAAGUUCUGCUGUAUGACAAACUGUUGAACUCUUGAAUAAGUGAAAAAAGUCAAGGAAACCCAUGUUCAGUACUAUUUAAGAACCAAGGCAUUAUUUUGAAAAUUUACCACUUCUGUAAAUGCAAGAACUAUGCAUUUCCCAAAUAGCAUCAUUGCAUCUUGUAAUUGCUUUUAGAAAAUAUUACAAAAUUAGUUUCCACUGCUUUUUGUCACAAAUAUUGAAUGAGCAACAGGUCCCGGUGUAAAUUUUGAUGCUGUAAGAUUUCAUCCAGCUUUCUAGGUAAAUUGUGUAUUUCAGUAUAAAUUAAAUUGUUCUUGCCCUUUUUUCCCCUCUAAAUUUUGAAAUAAAAUAAAAUGUCGUAAAAAGUUAAAUUUAUUAAAUGUUGCAAUUGAUAUUGUUGAAAAAAUUAAAAUGCUAGUUCUUUAUGCCCUGAAAAUUUUUCAGGGAGUUUGAGUUGCUGUUUUUGAGUAAAAAUAAUUAUGGAAGUAUAAUAUCUUGAAAGCAGUUCCUAGUCUUACUUUAUUUAAAUUUUUUGACAUUCCUAACUUUUCUGAAGUGUAAUUAGUAUAUUUAUUUUAGUAAUGUAUUCUAUAUUUGUUAGGAACUUUUAACUGCUGAUUUCAAACUAUGGUCAUUGCUGGCUGAGUUACUGUUCAUAUGUGUUAUAAUGCUGCAAACAGAAUGUCAGAAAUUUUGUAUAGAGCAUUAUUGAAUUCAGACCAUAUAUGUGAAUUUAAGCUUAAUUAGCCCACAUAAACCAGUUGUGAAUAUUUAUUACAAGGGUUAGUUACUGGUCCUAUAUUUUGAAGAUGAGACAGUUGUACUUUGUAUGCUGAACAUGUAAUGCUAUUCGAAUUUCUGGCAUUAUUCAGAAGAAUAGAUUCCAAUCUAGAAUUGAUAUUAAGCUAUUAUCUGUUUUUAAAUAUGUUUCAUUCAUUUUAUAUUCAUUGUUAAAAAUUAAUUCGACAGUCGUAAAAGGCAUUCUUUUCGCAUUAAAAAUAAAGUGUUUCAUAAAUAAAAGAAUUUUUAAUUUACUUUGUAAGGGUAGUAAUUUUUUAAAAAUUCUUAAAGUUGUGCAUCUUUUGUCAUCUAAAACUAUUCAUAAAAUUUGAAAUGUUGGAAUAAGAGUCAAAUACCAUUAACAUUUCAUUUAUUUUCAAUUAAAUGUUUUUGUAAUUUAAGUGCUUUUAUAUAGUAUGUUUUAAUUAAAGUAAUUGUGAUACUAAACAGAUAAAAUAUACUAAUUAAUGUGAAACUGAACCAUACAGCAUAUUUAUAAAAUUUAAAGUCCCACAUUAAAAAUGUCCUCUCGCAUUUCAUUGUAAAAUAUUUCAUGUUUUCAUUUUUGUUUGAAUUUUAUUUUAAAAAAUGCAAAUUAAUAUAACUUAGCCCAAAUGACCUUUUUUGAAGUGUAAAAAUAUAGCGUAAGUUUAUUAUGUAUUUAAUUUCUCUGCAUUAUAUUUAUGUACAGCAUAUUUGUUUUUUGUUCAGUUUCAAAAUAAACUGGUAUUCCCAGAGAUAAGCUAAAAAAAUUACUAGUUUUUUAACAUAUCGUUUUGAGAGAAUACUAAAAACUUGUUAGUUAAGCUUUUUGACGUGUUUCUGAUUAUGUGAUUUGUCAGGGAAGUUUUAUGAAUCAAGUAUUAACUGUAACUGACUUGACUGAUUUUCAGAUAAUUAAUAUCAUUGUAAAACCUUUACUCAAACUGAAGAGAACUUUGUUUGAAUUUGAGACUUCCAAAUUAAGUUUUUGUUCAGGAGCCAAAGUCAUUUGAUAAUAAGACUUUGAAUUUUAAUACAGUUAUUUAUAAUUUAAUAUCUGAUUGUGUGUUGAUAACAUUAAGGCAUAUCAUUCAUGUUAUUUAUGCAAGUACAUAUAUGGCAUAUUUGCAAAUUAAUGUAGAAUGGCACUUUACAACCAACAUUUGUUGUAGGCUUAACCUGAGAUCGUUAACUGGGAAGGAUAAUGAAACCGUGUUCUGUUCUUAUAAACAUGGGCUCACUGCCACCACUUCUCAUUAGCUACUUAUAUUAAUGGGAAAUUUCACCUAUAGACAUUUUGCAUGCCAAACUACAUGAACCAAAGAUCAUAAUUCUGCAUUAAUGAAAUGUUGUUAGCAUUUUAAAAUGUCUGUAUAUUGAUGGUCAAUCUAAUAAAUUUAAGCUAUUGAUAGAU